UCCCCAGAGGGUGCUGAAGCCAAGGAUGCAGCAAAAAUAACAAAACAAGAGCCAACAAGACGAUCUGCAAGAUUAUCAGCUAAGGAACCUGGAACAAAGGCUAAUAAAGGUUCUAAAGGGAAGAAGGAUGAAAAACAGGAAUCUGCAAAGGAAGGUACUACACCAUCUGAAAAUGGUGAAAGUAAAGCGGAAGAGGCACAGAAUUGAAUCAGUAGAUGACAGGUGCAUAUGAACUGACAUGAACAUUUGAGGAUGUUUUUAUGUACCUUGACAACUUUUAAGAGAUAUUUUUAUCAAGUACUUUGUAAAUGCUAAUUUUUUAGGACUUACAAUAAGUUGAUAAACUAUAUAUGAACGCUUCUUCCUUCUGUAUCAGUACUUCUAGAAAUUCCCAACGUUGUCAAGUUAAGAAAAAAAAAGCAUCAUUAAAACAACUUUUGGAAAACAAAAGUAUUUAUAAAAUUGAACAAGCAUUCCAUAUAUUUGGUUUUCAGAGCUGUAAGUCUUGGUGCAUAUAGUGAUGUUUUUACUGUGGGUGUUCAGAUUUUUUCCAUUUUUACCCUAGAGCAAUAAUCUGUGGUGCUUUUGUAAUUAAGGAUUAAGUGUUUUAAUGAAACAUGUAUACAUUUGGCUACCUGCUGUCCAUAUGGGAUUCUUUUCAUUUUUUAAAAUAACAAAGUCUCAGUGCUAACAAAUAUGGUUCAUUAGUAUCUUUCUAAAUCAGAGGUAUGCCUUCUAAUGCUUGUCAGAAAAAUGUUAAACUCAGUUGUUUAGAAAUUUUGUUACAACAGUUAUUUCAGAAUCAAGAUUAUAGCUCAUAGAAAAUAGUGGGGCUUACAGCAUAAUAUUAAAAUUGAUUGACUUUAUGGUUAGGAACAGGAGAUAAGAAUAAUAUUUACAAUUAAUGUAUUUUAAGCAAACUAGCAGAGCUUUAAGAGGCAGCCACCGCCUUUUGCAGAGCUAUUUGCCAAAUAUACCACAGAACACCCAAAGCUUAGAUGCAAAACUAGAGUCUUUAAGGAGCUCUGAUGAGCUAUCUUACACACUUGGAUGGUUCACACAUCUUAAAGGCCUUACACUUUGUACAGAAAAAUAUAAAUUGCCCAUGGAUUAUGUAACAAAUUAUUUUUUUCAGCACUGUUUUAUGCUACAGUAUUGUAAGUGGAAAUUACUUUAUGCUUUCUUGAAAGAACAGUUGUUUCACUUUUAUAUUUCCUUCUCUUAACUGUUUCCCAGUCCAUAUACAUAUAUAUGACGAUGAAAACUGCAGUUCCUAUCAGCUUAACUUAUACUUAGUAUUUUCUGUUGAUUUAUUUCAUUUACUUAAAUUUUAAUAUCAAAAUGGAGAUUUAAAACACUGGGAUGGUCUUCUGAAACAAUGAUGUAAAAAUAUCUUUGAAGGAGUCUAUAAUUGUAAUGAUAUUAAAUAGAGAUUUUUUUUCUAACUUAUGUUAACACUGCUUUAACCUCUUGUAAGCAUCUAGUUAUUUCUCUCUUCUGUUUGGCUGAAAUUUGAGUACUUUUAUUUUCUGAGGGUUUGGAAAAAUUUUCUUCAUAACAUUUUUAUUGCUGCACUUGUGGCCACAAUGUCUGGAGUUAUAUGCAUGUUUCAACCAAUAAAGUAAUUAUCACCCAA